UUACAGGUUCUUUAGACCCCGCAGCCCCCCGCUUUCUUCCUUCUCUUCCUCUUCUCUUCUCCUCUUCUCCUCUUUCUCACCAUCUCUCUCAAUUACCAUCUCUCAUCCUCAUGUCUGUCGCAAUUGUCACCGGAGGCGCCUCCGGCAUGGGCCUCGCCCUCGUAAAGAACCUCCUCGCGCGCAAAUACGCCCACGUCGUGAUCGCGGACCUCAACCCGCCCUCGGCAGAAGUGCUCGCCGAGCUCGGCCCCAGCGCCAUCUUCUACAAAACCGACGUGAGCUCGUGGGACAACCUCGCGGCGCUGUUCAAGUUCACGUCCGCGAACUUUGGCCGGCUCGACCUCGUCGCGCUCAACGCGGGCAUCUCGGACACUGACAAGCUCUACGAGGACACGCCUGAUGCGCCUGCGCCGCUCAAUAUGAAGACCUUUGAGGUCGAUCUCUACGCUCCUGUGUAUGGGUUCAGGUUGGCGCUGUGGUAUAUGCGACGGAACCCCGGUGGACCGAGUGGGAAGAUCAUCAUGACUUCUUCGAGCUCGGGGUUCUACGCCUAUCCUGCUAAUCCGGAAUACUGUGCAGCCAAACACGGUGUCGUCGGCCUCGUACGCUCGCUCGGACCAUCUCUAAUCGACGAGACCAUCACCGUGAACUGCAUCUGCCCCGGCAUCGUGAAAACCCCGCUCGUCCCGCCAGAGAUCGUGGCCGCGUUCCCGCCCGAUCAUUGGACGCCGGUGUCGACAAUCAUGGCCGGCUUCGACCUCGUCAUCGACUCCGGCAUCACGGGCGCGGCGAUCGAGUGCAGCGGCGCGCAGGUCAUUGCCCGGCCGCAGCUGGAGUACUUGGACGCGCAUAUGAAGUUUUUGUUUGAGGGGAGCAAAGAGUUGUUUGAGAAGGCGUACGAGAAGAAGUAAUUGCAAGGAAGUAGUCGCGAUGUAAAAGGAAGAAUGUAGUUGCUGUUGUUGCUGUUGCUGUUUGUGGUAAUAAAAGGUCGAGCCGAAGCUGUGACGCACAAUGCAACGGUCCUCGGAACCUGCCGUUUCCGAGUCUGCGAGUUCCCCAUAAAACUCACCGCUCCCCCGCAAUCCCCCUCUCCCC